AGUAGACCCAGGUAAGAAAAAAAGUAAUGUUUGAUAUUCGUGAUGAAUAAAUUUGAAUUAUGAUGAAUGAAUAGAAGUCUGGUAGUAUUCUUUUCAUUAUUAACAUGAUGUUGCUGUGGCGGUUGCGUCUUGAUGUCUGUUUCUUGUGUUAUUUCUUUUGUGUCUUGCACAGCGUUGACCAUAUCCACAACGUCGUAGCGACGGCUCCUGCGGACUACGACACGGCGAACUAUGAUUCUGGUGGAGCUCUUGACGCGGACCACGACAAGGUGGCGUCACUAUCUACAACAAGCAGCGCCUCAACUAUUAUGGGUGAUGAUGUGGGAAGUGCAUCGUCCCCAUUCUCCGAGGAGGUUAUCUUGUAUGAGAGAGCAAGAAGGGACUCAGAUAUCUUGUAAGAUUGUGUAGAGAGAGAGAGCGAGAGGCACUCAGAUGAAAUGACUGCCAAGAUGCAUUUCCUACACCUCUAAAACUAUCGGAAAAGACGCGGGAGCCACAGCCACUCCAGAUGGAAAAGAUCCAGAAAGCUAUAUUCCUUCGAUGAUUGACGGAGCCAGUAAAAACACAGAGAGAACUGCCCCUUCGCAUAUCGUGGAGUCCUCCUCCUCCUCCUCAUGGGCACAAAGUGGCGAAUCUAGUGUCGGACAAGCGUGGUCACCUAAUAAUCCUGCGCUCGUGGAGCUAGAAGUAGGUAUCGCCGAAAAGAGGCGCAUGCGCCGAUCUACACAGCAUGGCCAUGAGGGUGACGAGCUGCAUGAUCAUGAUGGUACACCGGACGAGGAAAAGUGGCGUCAUUUGGUCAACAGGCUGUACACCCCGAAAAGGGAAAGGAAACUGCUUUUGAGUCAGCCUCGAGACGGUUCGACGGAACAGAGGGAACAAGAAGCAGAGAAAACCAUGACUCGUGCUACACCUGCACUGGAUUUGAGCAGGUGCUUAAAGUAUGUUCAACAACAACGUGCGGCCGACGACGAAGCAGCGAGUGGAAAAGCACCUCCAGCGACGCUGUCAAAGGAAAAGAGCAAUAACCGAGCUGAAGCAUGUUCAGACAUUCGCCUCCUGAUGGAACCGGAUUCCAUCGUAAGGCAGAUCCUUUGCUUCGAGCUUCCAGGUAACAUUGCUGCGGAGGUCGACUGCACCCACGAUCCGUCGGACGAAGGCCAGAAGCAGCGAAACAGUGCCGGAGAUGAUCGUAGCACUGCUACUCUUGCAGUGGAGGGUGCAUUUUCUCUCGGCCGGCCCGCGACAGGUGGCGGCACAUUGUGCAGCGAAGCUUGCGGGAAGAUAACCCGCAGAGACAUCGUCGCCAAAGGGGCUAAUCUUGGCGAGGAUCAACAGAAGAACUUUGCAAGCAAGAAGUGCAAGUUUCAGGACCCAGGUGGCGCGUGUCGCCUAGUGCAGGACAACCACCAUAGCGCAUUUCACGAGAACACAAAGGACUGCGCCAUCCCGCCUGAAGAAACGGAAAGUGUAACAGCCGACGCUACGAGAAUACAGGAGUUUCUUUCGAGUGACGCUGGCUACGUUCCAACUAGACGGAUUCCCGACCCUUUGGUGUUGCCAUUGAAAGAGGCAACGCGGGCGCUGAGAAAGACAUUCGCAAUCACGCCACCGAAAACGAUUCAGGACAUUUUGGACGCACACAAGACGCGAGUCGCAGGCAGGGCAAACGCGAAGAAAUAUGAAGGCUAUGACAAGCGCUUGUUCCGGAUUGCGAUGGCUGACCCGACUCGAUCACCUUCCUUGGCUGUGCAGACGAUGUUGCAACAAUCGGGACCGCGGGCCACAUCUGGCAUGUAUGUAAGGCACAAUCUUGAUACUUGUUGUAUCAUCUUCGGCCUACUUCUAACUUCACUGGGUGGCUUCAUAAAGAGACAGAAAUAGCUGCACAAGAGGCACAAUGACAUGACAGGAUGACGAUGGCUCUUGCUGUUUAAGUUCAACUACCUCUGCGCGCAGUUUUUACGCUAAAUAACUACUUCCACACUUUUACUUCAGUACAAAGUUAGCAGUGGCUGUGUUUCAAUCGUCUCAUGUGUAUCCUUUCUCGGCGAGUCGUAGCGCUCCUUUGUAGGUACUACAACUUCACUCCAGUUCACUGAACUGGCCUCACGUAUCUUCAACGCUUGCCCUGUGACAUUCUACUUCUAGGGUGAUUUAUUUUCACAAGUACCCCUUGCCCCUUUCAAUUCGUACGACGAACGCUGCGGGAAAAUCACGAGCCUCCGGAGUGAGUCUCUUAUUAGGGCUACCGCCGAAGCAUCCUCAGCGCCAUUCUUGCCCUCUUUUUCAAGGGGAAAAAUGGCUCAAGGAUCGAUGGGCUCAGGGAUGCAACGCGGUAGCUCUAAUCUUAGAAAGCAUCACGGAACGGCUAGUCGUUAUCUAUGCCUCUUUAUGGUGAGCGUGAGCAUGAAUCAGUACUUCUUCAGGUUACUUCAAGCAGAACGCUUUUCAGUAGUUGCGUCGUACAUAUUUGUAGUCAGAAGUUGUGAGACUCAUGUUCCAAACAUUUUUCAGUACUAAUCUAGGUCUUCAUAACGACCAGAACCAAUAAUUAGUGCAAAGUGGGUGCUCAAAUUUGUCAGUACAACAGAAGUUUUACGGUUUCGCUUCAGAGCAAAAUGCCUUACAUUCAGUACAAGAAUCAGUCAAUGAAAGUACGCGAAUCCUCCACCAGUUGCGUUUCUUCUUGAACAUCAAUCAGACAAACAGCUUUCCAACGACGAGUAUGUACAAUCUUGGACGUAUUUGAGAAUGAGUUUUUACACUUUCAUAUUGUGGUCCUUUUUCUUGCUACUCUUGGGUAUAGUUGGGUCAACAUCUACCGAGGAGUGUAUAAAAUUAUGCAACCACAAUCUGUUAUCAAGAACAGCCUAUUUAUCUAGUAGAAUAUGAGCAUGAGAGUAAUUAUAAUUUCGGCACGUCUGGGUCUUGGAAUCCCAAAGUAUCCGAGCGCUCUGGCACGAACGGUCCGAGACCUUUACAUGGACCUGCCGCAACUCAAGCACAUUCUGCAUGCCACUAGUGAGGUUUCAAAGGUUAUCACAUUCCCGGCAGUGCUCUUCAACAAGCGGGAUGACCAUGAUGGAAAUUAUGAGGAAGAUAACAAUAAUGAGGACAAGAGCGAGUCCUCUGUUGCUUCUCCUACUGGGGAGACAGACCUCCAAAAGGAUGAAGCUGAGACGACGAUGGACGAGGACGCUUCUUCGGAGGUCGUGCGGCAGGCAGAAAUGCUAGUCACAGUGCGGUACGUUUGCGGUGAGGACGAGAUGCGAGGCGGCAUGUCUCAUGAGGAAUUCGGAAAGCACAUCAGCGAACAAGCAGGGUCUGAAGGCAUAAAUAAAGCUGUUGAAACCGGACGAAGUGGCUCGACGGGUACCGUAAGCAACGAGGCUUCCAACACUUUUCGCCAGAUGCUCCAAGAAGGCCACUUUUUUAACUCGCCUCUGGCUGUUGAUACCGAAACCGAAUACCCUGAAGCGGAUGGGGGCGCACGCUUCCCGCGAGAUCGUUCGGCCACAGGCGAAGCGGCAUCGCUGAGCUUAAGAGGCAACGAUGGACAGGAGAACGUCAUCAAGGAGGAGCAAAACCGUGAACCAAAGCAUAUGCAUGAAGAUGAAGCUCGUGCAGUUCACGCGCAAAGUGGUCUCCGCAGUCUUCGAAAGAAGACCUUCACUGAGCGCUUGCAUGCCUUGAAGACGUGGCAGAUUCAAGUGGUAUUUCGUGCGAAAAUCGAAGGCCACGAAGGUGAGAAUGUUGCAGCGUCCUUAAGACAUGAUCUACAAAAACAACUAGUACUUGCAAGAUGAUUAGCAUGCAUGCAGAUAAAUAAAAAUAUGAUAUACUUAGCUACACACAGAUUGGCAUACAUGUUAUAGCUAGAGUAAGGUAAGUAACGGGUUUCGGCUUGCCACGGGUUGAUCGAGUUGCCGAGGUGAAGGGUUUCCAACUCUGGAACGAGUUGCAACAAGUUACCAGAAGAAGCCCAGCCCAUCAAAAUGAGCGAAGCGGGGCGGUGUGGGCGUAGGUGUGCCUUCUAUGCUGAGGCCCUUCCUCGGGGCCUACUUCUCAAAAGAAGGCGGGGGAGGCGCUGCCUCCUUCCGUUUGGGAUCGAUAUUGGAGCGCCGCUCCCCACUUGGUGGAGAAGAGAAAGUGCUUCGCCUCCCCCUGUGGUGCGGGUGCAGGGUUUCGAGUCGGGAGCGGGCUUUCGCCCCGCUGUGUUGCGGUGUGAGUGAGGAGCUUUUGCCGGGUUGGGUUUGUAGCGGGCUUGCGGCUGAAGCAUGCGGCGGCGACAUAGAAGAAAAUGCGGCGAAGGCUAAUGUGGGGGCGGGUAGCGGUGGGCUUGGUUUCACACUGGUGCGCAGCUGGGUGGGCUGGUAUGAUACAUGCCAGACCCAGCAGGGCCCCCGCGUUGGGUUUUUUAUUGCAAUCAUCUGACUGCCCUCGCUUGAUUGUCUUCCCGUUGCGAAUGCCCCUCCCGGCGGCCCGGUGGAGCGUUCUUGUUCUCUACUGCAACACCUCGGCAAGGCUGGCGGGUGCGCCCGCAGGACGCAGCGAAAAACUUCCAUGGGCACCCCGAGCAACCCGAGACACUGAGCCCGAUAUGGGUCAAAAAAAUUAUUCUACUAUACUUAGUUACUCGCUGCACGCGACAGCAUAAGCAUUUUAUGAAUCGUGUAGUACUACAAGUACAACAGAAACCAGAACUAUCCAUUAACUUUCCACAACAUGCUUCUUCGUAACCUUACCAUGUUCUUGAUCAGGAAAACAUAGACUAAAUUUCUCCUAGCCGCGUUGUAUUCUUGCUAGUUCUAACGUUAGGUGGCGACGAUGACGCUUGGGUUCUUCGCGGCACCGAAAACACGAAACAGGUAGUGCUGUUCAACUUCCCUUCAAGAAAGGACGACCCAUUCUUAUGCAUGGUUCACAAUCCUCCUCCAUCAUGAUCUCGACAGGAAUUCCGAAUGAAACUACCAAAAAUAAAUUACGUGAAAAAGGAUACAUCUGUGACAUGACAAGACAAGCGCAUUCCGCAAUUUAUAUCUGCUUAGUCUUUCUCGCACUUUUUAUGUUUCUUGGAGAAACAAAAAUAGAAAGUAUUGUCCUUUGUCAAUGUCUGUGAUGUCUAGGAUUUGUUUGAUGUGAUUUGAUGAACGUGUAGAUUAAUGGCUUGUGAGCUCCAACAUUCGGCUAUCACCCUGUGAUGUCUUGGCCGUUCCUUUUUGGGCACGACGUUCUUGCAGACGGGAACGAUGAUUAUCAAGUAGAGGGUGUAGAUGUUCUUGGGGCCGAGAAGGAUGAAGGAAGCGCUGACGGGUUGAACGCAUUGAAAGAAGACAGGGACGAGGAUGCUCAAGGAAAGAAAAAGGCUGAGGAUGAGAUGAAACGGCAGAAAGAGCACUUUUUAUGGUGUCACUGAUAGUUGAGAACGGAGAUAGGCGCAUGUCGUUGUCGUUCGUGUGUUGCAAAAACGAAAAGAAGGAGUGGCGUGAGCACACUAUUAACAUUCAUCUCAUUUUUCAGUAGCGUAAUUCAUAAGUUCCAAGGCAGAAAAAGGAAAUCGAGAAACGCCGACAUGCGCAGCAAUAUUGGGGUACUUACAUAGCUUUUGAGCUGUCUCCGUGUUUGUAGUACUUACUUUGGGAGAUUUUUCAAGUGGUCCAAACUGAUGAUGACGUUUAGUCUGAUAAAUAUUUCCUUAAACAGAUUAGCAUGAACGAGAACUGACACCAAGACUUGCAACAAUAACGGUUAGGUUGCUAGAGGUGGUGAAUGCACUAAUGAUGUCCUUAAACUUUGGCACAUUCUUUCACUAAAGGCACAACUGGAGCGAAUCGAUGGGGAAAGGAUUUCGGCUUUGCUUUGCGUUUUUUGCCGAAGGCGUUCACAAUUAAGGCCACGUGAUCUGAUGAUCCACCUGUCUCGAUAAAGGUGGAUCUGCCUUCAAGCAUAUUUACACAAGCGAAAGUCAAAGUCCACAUACCACUAGGGAUUUAAGUAGAUAUACUGCAACUCCUCAUCAAGGAUGGACUGUGGCUAGGGACAGAGCUCUAACCCAAGUAUUAUCGAAGAUACAACUGGCAGUAGCGACACCAAAGGUUUGCAGUGGGAGCGCGAACACAUUCCCUGGUUCUCCGUGCUUUCCCUCGAUAUUCGACAUUUCCGGAGCUUGCUAAUCCUGGGAGACGAGGAUGCUGAUGCUUAUCACGCAAACCUAGCGGCAAAAGUUAAGGCUUAUCCCCAAAUCCAAAGGCGGUUUUCUCAAAUUCUUGUGGCUCAUGCUGUCCCAUGAUAGGUAGAUGAUGAGGGGAAUAUGAAUAAAAAGCGGCUCUCUGGAGUUCUUCUGGCUGUCCCAUGUUAGAGUUCGUGAUAGAUGAUAUUGAUGGGAAUCAAACUUCUACUUGUAGCCGCAACAUGAUAGAUCAUCAUGAUAAGGGGAAAACAACUCGAAGAUGAGUCUCGUAGAUGGGAGAUUUCUUGGGUGAGCUCUAAAAAGACGCAGGAAGUGGAAGGUUAAGGCUAUCGAUAGCUCAUUCCCGCUUUACCUCUCAGUGGGGUAGACAUAGUCACUUUUUUCCAUUACUCCGUAUCCAUUCCUCCACCUGCUACCUUACAACCAUGCAGUAGUAGUGGAUGUUGUUGUCAUUUCCCCUCUAAGGAGGAAGACGAUUUCAAGGUCGUAAUAAAUAACUUAGUAAUAGUAUGUUGUGUGUGCUCAUAAGAAAUGAAGUAGCUCCGGGACGUCGAAGCCUCUGCUUCCACUGAGUCUAAGAUAAAGAACAACAACAACAAGAUCAAGAUGAAGCACAAGAAGCAUCAACGGCUCUAGAGGGUUUGCAAAUUUUUUCUGCCGAUCGCCCCAAGUACUGGACAACAUGUCUUGUCGCUGAGCGGGGAAGAGAAAAUCCGAUUCGUCAUCUCGGAGCUGAUACACAUGCGUCGUUUGAUGCGCAGUCCACAGAGUCUGUCGCGAUAGGAACUUACACGUCGGAGCAAGAAGAACCACAACUACCUCACUACAAAGACCCUUCAAGAGACACGACAACAGGGACGAGCCAACCUCUACCGGGGCAAGCAGACGACGCGCAACACCGAUUCGGCAGCAAUAGGCAUUUUGGUUUUGCCAAGACAUUGCUAUGCUUUACUAUCGACGUCUACCUCGGUGUUUAGCAUAUGGUAGAAUAAGAAUUUUCGAUACCCAUUUUAGUAUAUGCAUGGUAAGGUAAGCUUAUUCUGAUCAAAUCGAAAUUCAGAAGCGCAACGUGGGAAACAAACUACUCACUCAAUCACUGAGAUGAAGAGUAUACUUCCUCUAACCUCGACUAUCAACGAUUUCAAGGUUCCUAGAAUGAUAACCAGCGGCCCCGCGCGAGAGCUCAAGCUCUGGUUUCUGCCCUAUCCCGGUACAUCACUUAAGGCUACCACUCAAGCAUCCUCCUACAUGAUGAUCCUUGGCCCAUUUUCUAUUUGAAAAAGGGGCGAAGAAUGCACUCAGGGCUGCUAACGCGGUAGCUCUAACUCACGUAGCGGUCACAGACAGCAGACCACAGGGCCGUCCGAACAGGACACCAUGAGGAAUAUCUUCAAUUGGCCGCCAGCAACCAGUGCAGUCUACGGAUCAACAGACCACUACACGACAGAAAAAUCCACAAGGAUUCGAGAGCUCUGAGCAGCUUGAGCUUGCCUAGUUUUUGAUGAAUUUUCAAACGCGUAAUUUUUACGUGUAGUACCGAAAGUAAGUACAUGCAGCCCAACCAUUUCCAAUUACUGAAUUUCUUCCAUUCUAACACACCACUCACUGGAGACUCGAUGGGCAUAUCCCUAAGCUAGUCCAGCCGACCCAUUUAGAAGUACGUCUCUUCUUUUACCUGACAGACUUGCGAACUGCAAAGAAUGGCGUGGACCGAGGACGAGGUAUGAUUUUAUCUUUCGUCGACAUGUACAAUUCACCUCCACGACCAGAAUGAACAUGAAGUAUGUGCAUGCUUUCAAAGCCGUGAUGUCGUAAAAUUCAACUCCGUAUGUUGCUCCGUCUGAAAGAAACGACGAUGCUAGUAGCAGCGGGGUCUGUGCAACCUUGCUUCGAUAUAUUUAGGCUGCGCUAAAGGAU